AUGGUGGAAGGAGGCAUUAUUCUUGUCAAAUAUUUGCUUUUCCUUGCUAACUUUAUUUUAUGGGCAGGUGGCCUUGGUCUUGUAAUUGCUGGUGCAGUACUGCAAUUGAAGUAUACCGGUUUACUGGAUAUAUUGGGUGAUGAAAGAUUAGCAACACCAAUACUGUCACUUGCUGCCGGUUUACUAUGCUCCCUAUUGGGUUUUCUGGGAUGUUGCGGAGCAAUCCGGGAGAAUUAUUGCUUAACAGUAAGCUUCGCUGUCCUACUAACUUUCGCACUAACAAUUGAAAUAGGUGUUGCUAUCACCGUUUAUGCAUUGCAGGAAUCUCUUCAAGCUUCUUUAUCGCAGCAAUUAAAAUUAGGCCUACAAAGGUACAAUCGUUCAGCAGGUGUUCGAAUGGCAUGGGAUCAAACUCAAAAACAAUUUGAAUGUUGUGGAGUGCAUAAUUAUACAGACUGGAAUACUCCGCCAGAUUCAUGCUGUAUUCAGAUUUUACCUGGUUGUCGAUUAAUUCAGCAAAAUUUACAACCUUCAGGCUGCAUGGAACGCUUGGAGCAUUGGCUCAUUCUAAAUGCGUCAAUGAUUGGCGGGGUAAGUGCAAUCGUCGGCUCGUUACAAGUAAUCGGAAUUUGUUUUGCCUGCUGCUUGUCCAAAUCGAUCCUCAAAGACUUUCAUGAUUCCUAUUAUUAA